AUGUGCUUCCUGAAUGACUACAUUGAGCUGCCCAAGUUCAAGUAUGAGGGGCUCACUGAACUAUCACAACUUCUCCAACCCAGUGACUGGCACACAGCAAUCAACUUGAAGGACAGGUUCAUCUGUGUGACUGUUUGCCACCUACACUUGAUGGGCAUGAGGGUGAUGGCCUACAUGGAUGAUCUGUUCAUCAUUGGCCAAUCCAAGGUCAAAGCCAAGCAGGCAGUGGAGCUCACCCAGCAAGUGCUGAAGAGCCUUGGCUGGGUCAUCAACACUGAGAAGUCAUCUUUGCUGCUGUUGUAG